UGGCUGGUUCAAUCUUCAACAACCCUUUUUGAAAUUUUGUCUGGUUUGUUUGUCGUGGGUCUGUUUAUUUCAUAGCAGUAACGAAGACACGAAGCGGCUUCAUCUCUUUUCAGAGAACGACUAGCAUUAAAUACGAUACAGAAAUAAGUGGCCAAAGUAUUGUAAGUUCAAGGUUAAAAUCCUUAGCAUUACCACGUUAAUGGUCAGCCAAGAUGGCGAUUAACGUGGGUGUUAAGGCUCUUCUCUGCUGGGUCAACACCUUAAAUCUGUCAGACCGAGACAUAAAUAUAGACGAUUUACAAGAUGGGACAGUCUUACUGAAAGUUGUUUGUAUGCUGAAAAGGGAACACAACUGCCAUUUCAGUAAUUCCAUUGAGGAGCGAUUUAAGAUAAUUGCUGACUUUGUGGAAAGGGAUUGCCGAUUUACUGCAACCAAAGGCACUUCAGUAUCUUGGGACAACAUAAGACAUGAAAUCAACCUAACAGUUGAAAUUGCCAAGGUGCUUUUGUUGCUCAUAUACCACGACAUGAUGAAUGAGCGCUGCACUGUGAACUCAUUGGAAUGUCAUGUGGAGCAAGAGAUAGCACACCUUACGGAGUCCUUUGUUAUGGAGAGUGACGGCUGCGUGUUUUUGAGCAAAAGACUCGAUGCCUAUUUGGCAAGGAGACGUAUAUCUGUCAGCCGUGAAAUAUUUGAGCGAUCAGCAACCACCUCUACCUCCAAUGUGUCGACUAGCUCCUCGUUAACAGAUGACGAGUCCCCCGUUUUCGACCGCAGACAGAGAGUCACAUUUGUCGACAUGCAAACUGUGGCUUCCUCCUCAGUCAGCAACUCUCCUCUGCAGAAUAUCAUGAACACACCAAAAUUUCAGUUGAGGAAGAUGGAACGACAGAUGAUCAGGGAGAGAGACCACAGAGAUGGGUUGGAGAGUGAGCUGGCCAGCAAGAUUGCACUCCUUGCACAGAGAGAGUCCCAUUGCAACCAGUUGCAGUACUGCCUGGAUAAGCUGAAAAAAGAGCAACAUGCACAAGAGAAUUUUAUCAAGGAUCAAAUCAAUGAGCUUGAGACCAAGAACAACACGUUACAAAUGCAUCUUAAUGAGAUGUUAAAGCACAAUAAAGACCUGAAGAGUAACUCCUCACUUAUGGAGCGGAAAGUGGAUGAGCUGUCAGAUGAAAACGGUGUGCUUUCAUCCCAGAUGAGGGCAGUGUGUUCCAAGCUAGCCAUAUUCGAAGCAGAAGUUGGCAGGCUGACAGAAACCCAAGCAUUUUCUGAGGAGGAUUGGAGGAGCAAAACGGUCCACUUACAGUCGGAACUUAACCAAGCCACUGCUCAAAAGGAGUUACUGACUGAACAAAUUCAGAUCCUUCAAGGAAAGAUUUCCUGUCUGGAGGAUGUAAUAAGCAGGGCCACUAAUGAAGAAGUAGGAGAGAAUAUGGGGCCUGUAAUGGAGAGAGACAUGUUGGACACUGAAAUCAGCGGUUUGAAGGAUGAGCUGGAGAGCACAUCUUGCUCCCUGAAAAAGGCUGAGGUGGAGAUUCAGGCCAAAACACAGCAGCUGGCAGAGUAUCAACAAGAAUUAAAUCAACAGAAAGAGCUCAUGCAGCAACAGGAGUCCCAAACUGAAAAAAUCAUUCAAGCUAAGGAUGAAAUUUUAGACAAAUUACAAAAGGAGAUCACUGAGCAGAGAGCAGUCCUUCAGCAAGAGAUCCUGGAGCUCAAGAUUCAACUUGAGCAAGUUACGCAGCAGAAAACUGAGCAGAUCACCAGACUACAACAGCAUAUUGAUGCUUGUGAACAAGAAAUUGAAAAACUAAAGGAAAUAAAGAGAGAAAAGGAAAGCCUUCUCUGCCAGUCUGAUGAAAACGUGAAAGAUCUUGAGACAAAGUUAUCUGCAGCCACUUCUCUCUUGGCUGAUAAAGACCAACAAAUUAACAGUCUCAGAGAAGAAGUUGACAUUCUAACAGAUGACACCAAAAACAACAAAAAUGAAAUUCAAGCCAAAGAGGAAAUGCUUGCCAAAUUACUUCAGGAAAAGUCUAAGGAGCAAGACAUUUUUAGUAAUAAAAUUGAUACCUUAUCGGUCCAAGUGAAAGAGCUUAGCUCGUCUCUCAAACAGGCUGAGCAGGAAAUUCAACUUAAGCAAGACCUACUGGCUAAAACCCAACAAGAGAAUGUCCAACAAAGGGAGGUACUCCAACAACAGAUUGUAACCUGUGAAGAGGAGGUUCAGAAGUUAAACAAAGCGAUACAGGUAAAGAACGAGCAGCUUGUUAUUCUAAAGAAUGACUCUUCUCAACAGUCUGAAUCGCUGGAGCAAGAGAUUAUAGGCCUGAAAGCUCAACUAGAAAAUCUUAAUGACUCUCUCAGAAAGGCUGAGGAACAAGUUCAGGCUCAGGAGGGAAUGCUUACAAAGCAGGAGGAGCAAAGUGCUCACCAGACAGUGGCCCUGCAGCAACAGCUGUCUGCUUCUGAAGAGAGGGUAAGGAGCAUGAACGAGGAGAUUCAGACUAAAGAGGAACAGAUGAACAUGUUGAAAAAUCAAAGCUUGGCGCAGUCAGAACUACUACAUCAAGAGAUCCAAGAUUUAAAGAAACAGGUUGAGUGUCUUCGUUCAUCACUGAGGAAUGCUGAGGAGGAUUUGAAAUCCAAGGAAUAUCUGUUGGCAGAAAAAUCCAAGCAUGAACAGCAGAGAACUUUGCAGAUUGAGGCACUUGGAAAGCACAGUUCCAUUCUCGAGGAGGAGGUUAAUCGGCUGAGGGAGGAUAUCCGAACUAAAGAGGGUGAGGUCAACCUGCUAAAGGUUGAGAGCUGCAAGGAGUCAGAAGUGCUACAGAAAGAGAUUCACACUCUUAGGAACAAAGUCCAAAGUUUGAAUGAAUCCCUCAAGGCUACAGUAGAGCAAGUUCAGGCUAAAGAAUACCUACUGACUCAGGAAAAAGAUAACUAUCAAAACCUGACAACAAUCUCUGAAUACGAGAUAAAAGCUCUUAAGGAGCAGAUCCAGUCUAAAGAGGAGCAGCUGGUCACAAUGGAAAAAGAAGGCUCAAAACAUUCUGAAAUGCUACAGCAAGAGAUCAAAUGUCUUAAAAACCAACUCGCUAAUAUGGGGGACUCUCUCACAAAGACGGAGGAGGAGGUUCAAACUCAGGUAGCCAUGCUCACCAAACAGGAGCAGGAGAGUGCUCAUCAGAAGGAAAUACUGCAGCAGCAACUGUCAGCAUCUGAAGAAGAGGUGAGGAAGAUGAAAGACGAGAUACAAGCUAAAGAGGAACAGAUGAUGCUGCUGAAGAACGAGAGCUCAGAGCAGUCAGAUCUGCGACAUCAAGAGAUCCAAAGUUUAAAGAAACAAGUAGAGACUCUUGGCUCAUCACUGAGGAAGGCUGAGGAGGAUAUGCAAUCCAAGGAAAACAGGUUUGCUGAACAGCAACUACACAGCACUCAGGAUAUGGAGGCCCUCCAAGUGCAGAUGGUAGCAUCUCAUGAUGAAGUGAAACGGCUUAAUGCAGAGAUUCAGGCGAAGGAGGAGCAAUUAAUUCAGCUAAAGUCUGAGACCUCUGCACAAUCUGAAUUGCUACAGCAAGAGAUUGAAAGGCUGAAUAAACAAAUAAAUACUUUGAGCAAUUCUCUUGAGAUAGCCAAGGACCAGGCUCAGGCCAAAGAGGAUUUGAUGGCCAAGCAGGAGCAGCAGAUCGAGGCACUUGGAAAGCACAGUGCCGUUCUCGAGGGGGAUGUUAAUCGGCUGAGGGAGGAUAUCCGAACUAAAGAGGGUGAGGUCGACCUGUUAAAGGUUGAGAGCUGCAAGGAGUCAGAAGUGCUACAGAAAGAGAUCCACACUCUUAGGGACCAAGUCCAAAGUUUGAAUGAAUCCCUCAAGGCUACAGUAGAGCAGGUUCAGGCUGAAGAAUACCUACUGACUCAGGAAAAAGAUAACUAUCAAAAGCUGACGACAAUCUCUGAAGAUGAGAUAAAAGCUCUUAAGGAGCAGAUUCAGUCAAAAGAGGAACAGCUGGUCACAAUGGAAAAAGAAGGCUCAAAACAUUCUGAAAUGCUACAGCAAGAGAUCAAAUGUCUUCAAAACCAACUCGCUAAUAUGGGGGACUCUCUCACAAAGACGGAGGAGGAGGUUCAAACUCAGGUAGCCAUGCUCACCAAACAGGAGCAGGAGAGUGCUCAUCAGAAGGAGAUACUGCAGCAGCAACUGUCAGCAUCUGAAGAAGAGGUGAGGAAGAUGAAAGACGAGAUACAAGCUAAAGAGGAACAGAUGAUGCUGCUGAAGACCGAGAGCUCAGAGCAGUCAGAUCUGCGACAGCAAGAGAUCCAAAGUUUAAAGAAACAGGUGGAGACUCUUGACUCAUCACUGAGGAAGGCUGAGGAGGCUUUGCAAUCCAAGGAAGAUCAGUUUGCUGAAGAGCAGCUACACAGCACUCAGGAUAUGGAGGCACUCCAAGUGCAGAUGGUAGCAUCUCAUGAUGAAGUGAAACGGCUUAAUGCAGAGAUUCAGGCGAAGGAGGAGCAAUUAAUUCAGCUAAAGUCUGAGACCUCUGCACAAUCUGAAUUGCUACAGCAAGAGAUUGAAAGUCUGAAUAAACAAAUAAAUACUUUGAGCAAUUCUCUUGAGAUAGCCAAGGACCAGGCUCAGGCCAAAGAAGAUUUGAUGGCCAAGCAGGAGCAGCAGAUCGAGGCACUUGGAAAGCACAGUGCCGUUCUCGAGGGGGAGGUUAAUCGGCUGAGGGAGGAUAUCCGAACUAAAGAGGGUGAGGUCGACCUGCUAAAGGUUGAGAGCUGCAAGGAGUCAGAAGUGCUACAGAAAGAGAUCCACACUCUUAGGGACCAAGUCCAAAGUUUGAAUGAAUCUCUCAAGGCUACAGUAGAGCAGGUUCAGGCUAAAGAAUACUUACUGACUCAGAAGGAAAUGGAGAUUUCUCAGGCAAAAGAUGCAGUUCAAAACCUGACGACGACCUCUGAAGACGAGAUAAAAGCUCUUAAGGAGCAGAUCCAGUCUAAAGAGGAACAGCUGGUCACAAUAAAAAAAGAAGGCUCAAAACAUUCUGAAAUGCUACAGCAAGAGAUCAAAUGUCUUCAAAACCAACUCGUUAAUAUGGGUGACUCUCUCACAAAGACGGAGGAGGAGGUUCAAACUCAGGUAGCCAUGCUCACCAAACAGGAGCAGGAGAGUGCUCAUCAGAAGGAGAUACUGCAGCAGCAACUGUCAGCAUCUAAAGAAGAGGUGAGGAAGAUGAAAGACGAGAUCCAAGCUAAAGAGGAACAGAUGAUGCUGCUGAAGACCGAGAGCUCAGAGCAGUCAGAUCUGCGACAGCAAGAGAUCCAAAGUUUAAAGAAACAGGUGGAGACUCUUGGCUCAUCACUGAGGAAGGCUGAGGAGGCUUUGCAAUCCAAGGAAGAUCUGUUUGUUAAACAGCAAGAAAAUAAAGACCUCUUCCAGCUGCAGCUUGUCUCCGUAAAUGCAGAGCUGAACCACUACAAAGAGACACAAGCUGCAGACCUCAGACUGAAAGAGGCUGUACAGGUUGCCACUUUAAGCGAAAAGGAGGCUCUUGUUCAGGAAAAAGAAGUACUCAUCGCCAGGAUACUGCAGGCAGAAAAGAAACAGAGAGCUCUGGAGAAACAACUUGAAGCCAUGGUGUUUGAGAAUGAGAGACUUGAUCAAGCCAAGCAGGCCAUAAAGAAAGAGAAUGAGGUCUCCCAUAAACUGGAGUCUGUGCUACAGCAGGAGCUGGAAAUGAUUAGAAUGGAGAAAGAGAAACUCUUGAAAGAAAAAGCUGAGGAAAUUGAGACGAUAAAGAGAGACCUGCAGCAACAGCUCUCGGCUAAAUCGGAGGCUGCGGAACACUACAAGGCGCAGAUGGAGAAGGCAGUGAGUCAUUAUAAUGGCAAGAAACAGCUUCUCCAGGAAAGCCAAGAGGAGAUGGUUCAACUCAAGCAUUCCUUAGAGGUUAAAGAGCGUGAAGAAAAGGCUACUGCCAUGGAAAUCAGGCUGCUGAAACUGGAUUUGGACAAGGCCCAAACCAGUGAGAAGGCACUUUUGAACAGGGUGGCCAGUUUGGAGGCACAGCUGGCUUUUGCUGACCGUAACCUGCGGAUACAGAAUAAGAUUCCUGGUAAUGAAGGAAGUGCAGAGUCGGGUUACAUGGAUAUUGCCAAUGCAUCCUCAAGUGUUCACACAAGAGCACAGGUGAAGAGAAGCAUGAGCGUUGACAGCCUGGACCAUAGCUCUUUGGAAGACUCUCUGACCACCACAAGGAAACUUAGAGUACCCGAUGAAUCAAGCACACCGCUUAUUCGCAGUUCAGAGCGCUUGGCAGCAAAACGCCGCGGUCUUCAGACGGAGUCACUGGAAACCCUAUACUUCACACCUAUAAAUACCAGACAGAUCAACAGGACCAGUACGGCGCACAACAUGGAACUGGAUUCGGCCUGUAAAAAUCCAACUUCAUCAGUCAAACGACGGAGGACCACACAGGUUAUUAACAUCACCAUGACCCAGAAAACCCCAGGUAGCAGUGACCCAGAUGAGACUUUCUACAGUCUGGCCUCAGCUCGCUCCCAGCCAAACAUCUCUAGUACAAACUCUGCACGACCCGUGGGGCUGUUUGACACACCUGCAAGAAUGACCGCCAGCGACCAGUUCAUCGGUCUGCCGGGCUACAGACGGAGCACCGUCCAUCCGCAGACCACUGGUACAUUCUGUGCGGGAGAAGAGAACGAGCCAGAUGGGGCACCAGAGGAUUGGAUGAGGAUAGCAGAGCUGCAGGCCAGGAACAAGGCCUGCCUUCCUCAUUUGAAGAGCAGCUACCCCGUGGAGUCUGAUACUGGCCGUGGCAGCACAUUCCUUUUCACAGACGAAGAACUCCGUAUGGGUGACCCAUCCGACACAAUCCGUCGGGCGUCCAUGAUGCCUGGCCAGAUGCAAGAAUCUCUGGCUUCCCAUCGGCACUCCCUCAUGGUGGGACAGACGGGUGCUGCUGCCAGUACUCGUUCUCGCCGUGUGUCGUUGAUGCCAGGCCAGCUGCCAUCAAAAACUGUCAGCUCCUCUCAGCUGAGAAGCCCGAAAGGCACAAAGCGAUCUUCAUCUACAUUGUCUGUACAUCAAACUUCGCCUGAGAAAAAGAUGAGGGCCAGUUGCUUCCCCCGUCCACUCACUCCAAAGAACAGGAACGUGAUCAGUGGACCUUCCAACUCUCAGCUUCAGGGCAGAGCACUCAGUCCAGCUGAUCGGAGGGAGUCUAUGAUGUUCACUAUUGAGAACACCCCUAAAAAUAGCAACUACUUAAAGAAAGGGCUGAACAAACUACGCGGCUCUGCCCGGAAAUCUCCAGGCAAAAGUGUAAAGAAGUUGCCCGCUCAGACAUCUGCUCCUUCAGGUGCUGCUGUGGUCCGGGCAGGCAGAGUUGGCAGCUCCAAGUCACCUCAGGUGACCACUAAAGGACAGAAGGCCACCAGCAGGUCUGCGAAGUCUCCUGGACUGACGGCUAGUGCUCGCAAGAAGCGUGGGUCUGUAAAUGGAGAACAUCUUGCUGGAUUUCCUAAAUGAUGAUGAGCAGGAUGAAGGUGUGAGGACACGUUCCCAAACUGGAGUCAUGAUUGUCUCAAGUUCUACUUGAUCAUACUUUCUUUUCCCCACAAUUUGUUUUUACUGUCUUCUUUUUGUUUUUACAAUCUUGUCUUUUAAAAUCUACUGUACCUUUUAAUUUUCUCUAUUAUAUUUUUCUUUUCUAUUAUAUUUUUCUUAAUAAACAUUUAAGUCUG